AUGAUUCGGGUGAGGGACCUAAGGCACCGGAGUCUUGUGCUGAGUUUUGACGCCGUUGUGGGCGCCGUGUCUUUCAAAUUGACCGUCCAAAAGCUGGGCGGGGUCGAAAAAACGGUGGCCGAGGGCACGGAGACCCAAUAUGCCGUGGACCGCCUCGAACCCAACACACAGCACCGCCUGCGCGUGUAUGCCCGCGUCGCCGGUUCCGAGAAGUAUGAACUGCGCUUCGAAACACUUGUUACGACGCCGUGGGCAAACUUCGAUGACUUGGGACCCGAUGAGCUGCGCCACGUUUCGAUGUUUGCGGGUGGUUUCGACACCAACCACGCUGCGCUAAACGAGGUGGCAUGUCUUCCGUCCCCGAACCAGUAUCGCACGCUCCCGGACGCAGAUGGUAUUUGUGGUCCGACGGCCCCGACGCUGGACCCGUCAACGGGGUGCUGCAUCGGCGAGGCUGAUGGCGAUGAGUUGAGCUUCCUCCAGGCUUUAGAAACGGCGUACGAUGAAGUCACCGAUCGCCGCGUAGUAGGCGGAUCGGUCGAGUACGCCGUGAACUGGAUUAGGGUAAACAACAGACAGAGUGUGGGUAAUGGUAAUCAUGUACAAAUCGGUCAGCAGACCCCUUGGAAGGAAACAUUUCUAAAACUUUUGUUCGCGGGCGGUGUCCGUAAGCCGCUCAAUGGUUUCAUGGUGCACUACAACGGCAAUGCCGUCGUAGUGCUAGGAAGUUUUUGGGUCAAACCCGAUGAUGUUGAGAUGAAAGAGUGGAUGUCCGACACGGGCGUGAACGGCCAAUUGCGCGUGGUCGUUAGCGCGGGAAUGCAACUAGCCGUCCCCUACGUGACCCGGGCGAGGGACACUCAAUACCUUUCAUCGCGCGUGCCGGGCCAAGAAUUGGAAUAUUUUGACGUUACCGAGCUCUCAACAGUGCUCUCAAGUCCUGAUUGCGGAUUCAGAGGGCGGUGUUCCAUCGAUUUCGUAGCACGGCCGUGUGCCAUAAAUAGACAACGACAUUCUUCUGCGCUAAAGUUUAUAGCAGAUGUUAUGACCGCCAUGGUUCAGAACAGGGACAUUUACGACUGCGUCAUCUCUCUCCGCCACGUGAGAGACGGUGGUUCGCAUCUGCCCCCGGCGACGGUUGAUCACUUGGAGUUGAUUCGUGACUCCGAGCUAGGUUUUUUUGAUAAGACUGACAGAUGCAUCACCAUCGCCAGGAGAGUUCUUGGCAAUUUGCGUACCAUCGUGAACACACUUGGUGUUGAACCAACACCCGGUACAACCAUCGUCAGAUAUACCGACCAAACGUCUCCAAGUUUUGAUUUUCAGCUAUCCGUUCGAGGUGAAGUCGUCGGCCCGGGGGUCGGGCGCGUUGUUGUGAGGAAAUCUCGGUGCCCGGUUUCCGGGACACGGUUUUGGACGGGGACGACCAGAGUCGUGGACGGCCGAGCGUACCCGAUGUACAACACGCGCGACUUAUCAGGCGUUCGUAAUUCAUAA